AUGUACGACAGUCCAGAUGAAGAUUUUGCUCAGUCCAAGGUGCAUCUUACUGCUAUGACGAUAUCUCAGAUUGCAAGGAUUUCGAUAAUGGUAUACGAUAUAGGAUUGAUAAGAAAGACCGGUGCCUUCGACCCAUCCCUUUUCACCCUUUUUGCGGUUAGAUUUGUCCCUAUGGCCUUUCUUAUCACGACAAUUCCGGCUGCCAUAGUGGAACGAGUAUUCGCUUCUUAUUAUAUCCGUGACUAUGAGAAUGCUAAGCGUGCUUGGAUUUCCUACUUAAUCAAUGGAAGCUCAUUUGUGAUCGCUGCUGCAUAUUAUCUGGUCUUACAAUCACUUGCUAUAGGUCUAUAUAUGACGGUGCUCCUGUUGUUUAUCACAUUGCUAAUUUUCGUGUUACCAGCCUUUGCAAUGAUGGUUGUUCAUCGUCGAGAUACAGCCAAACUACGAGAUCUCGAUAAUGAAUCUGGUAUCUCAAUACUAAAUUAUACGCUAAGCAUAAAAUUUCAACUGGAAGAGAAUGUUCGAGUGUCGAAGUUUGUCUUUAACGCUUCCAUCGGAUAUGCUAUGUGGGGAACGGUUGGUACGCUCAUGGGAGUCGUAACCUGGGCAAUCUUCAAAGAAGAACAUCCGAUUAGCCAACUUUUUGCUGCACUCAUCAAUAUCUAUAUAGCGCUGAGCUUUGCCAUUGCCGUUUGGCUAUCACUAGUAGCGAUUGGCAAGCCAAGGACACUAGCUAAGCUCUUCACAAAAUGCAUAUCCAUGCCUAUCAGCAUUUCAAGCAAUUGGAAUCUAUCUGGGCUCAGAAAAGGAAACCAUAGCGAGGAAAAUUCUACAAAGUGGACGUUUUCUCAUCAGCUAUACCGUCGAGAUGCGAACAAAUUUUGGUUCUACUAG